GAUUUUUUGUUGAAUUUGGAUACGAUGGAAAAGUUUGGAAGUGUUCCAGAGCAGAUCAGUUUUUCAGCGGAAGAAUUGAAAAUUCUGAAAAAGUGGAAGGAUGAGAAUACAUUUGAACAAUCAGUCAGGCUUAGCAUAGGUCGUCCAUGUUAUUCAUUUUAUGAUGGACCGCCAUUUGCUACUGGAUUACCGCAUUAUGGUCAUCUAUUGGCUGGUACUAUUAAAGAUGUGGUAACAAGAUGGGCUUAUCAGAACGGACAUUAUGUGGAGAGGCGUUUCGGUUGGGAUACUCAUGGGCUUCCUGUGGAAUUCGAAGUGGACAAAUUAUUAGGCAUAAAAUGUCCACAAGAUGUAUUAGAAAUGGGAAUUGAUAAAUACAAUAGUGAGUGCAGGAAGAUUGUUAUGCGAUACGCUUCUGAAUGGGAGGAGACCGUGGAACGAAUGGGACGCUGGAUUGAUUUCAAAAAUGAUUAUAAAACACUUUAUCCUUGGUUCAUGGAAAGUGUUUGGUGGGCAUUUAGUCAGUUGUUCAAAAAAGGACUUGUAUAUCGUGGUGUGAAAGUGAUGCCUUUCUCCACGUCUUGUUCAACUCCUUUAUCAAAUUUUGAAGCUGGACAAAACUAUAAGGAUGUGGUCGACCCAGCUGUUGUCGUCGGAUUUUUUCUUGAUGAGGAUCCGUCUAUACAGUUAGCCGCAUGGACAACUACCCCAUGGACUCUUCCGAGCAAUUUAUGUAUUGCAGUCCAUCCUGAAUUGAAUUACGUUGUUGUACUGGAUAAAUCUUCUUCAAAGAAAUAUAUUUUAAUGGAAGAAGUAAUUCUUACUACUACAAAAAAACAACGUAUUUCUGAAUUGUUCAAAAAUACCGAUUUGUAUGAAAUUUUGGAUCGGUUUAAAGGAAAAACGUUGGAAGGAAAAACAUAUCAUCCUCUUUUUCCUUACUUUCAACAUUUGAAAAAAAAAUUAGGAGCAUUCAGAAUUUUAACUGCCUCAUUUGUCACUGUCGAUCAGGGUACCGGCGUCGUUCAUCAAGCGCCUUAUUUCGGCGAAAUAGAUUUUCACACAUGUUUGGAAAGCGGCAUAAUCACCAAAGAUAUGAAACCUGUUUGUCCAGUCGACGAAUGUGGACGCUUCAAUGAAGAAAUAACUGAUUUCAAAGGAAUAUAUGUCAAAGAUGCUGAUAAACUUAUCUGCAAAUAUCUGAAAGAACAUGGAAAUUUGAUUAAACAUAGUGAGGUAAUGCAUAGUUAUCCAUUUUGCUGGCGUUCCGACACUCCAUUACUCUACAUGGCUGUUCCUUCUUGGUUCAUUCGCGUUGAAGCGAUUGCUUCUCAUCUUCUUGCUAAUAAUGAAAAAACUUAUUGGGUACCAUCAUUUGUCAAGGACAAGCGAUUCGCAAAUUGGUUAAAAGAUGCACGUGAUUGGGCUGUAUCGAGAAAUAGAUUUUGGGGUACUCCAAUAAAUUUGUGGGUUAGUGAUGAUCUAGAAGAAGUCGUUUGUCCAGAAUCUAUUGCAGAGUUGGAAACUCUCAGUGGAAUAAAAAUAACAGAUUUACAUCGGGAAAGCGUUGAUGGUAUAAAAAUUCCAUCGAAAACAGGGCGUGGUGAACUAUGCAGAGUUUCAGAAGUUUUUGACUGCUGGUUCGAAUCAGGUUCAAUGCCUUAUGCUCAAAGGCACUAUCCAUUUGAAAACCUUAAAGAAUUUGAUGAUAAUUUCCCGGCCGAUUUCAUUGCAGAAGGAAUAGAUCAAACGCGUGGCUGGUUCUACACUUUAUUAGUGCUGUCUACAGCACUUUUUAAUAAACCACCUUUUAAAAAUCUUGUUUGCAACGGCCUUGUUCUUGCUUCUGACGGAAGUAAAAUGUCUAAAAGGAAGAAGAAUUACCCUGACCCUAUGGAGAUUGUUUCGAAGUAUGGUGCUGAUGCUUUGCGAGUCUAUCUGAUAAAUUCUCCUGUUGUUCGUGGUGAGAAUCUAAGAUUCAGAGAAGAAGGUGUCAGAGAUGUAUUAAAGGAUGUUCUUUUGCCGUGGUAUAAUGCUUAUAGGUUUUUUAUUCAAAACGUCGAGCUUCUCGAACAUGAUUUCGGAACUGAUUUCUUAUUUUCUGAUGAUGAUUCUACGAAUAUUAUGGAUCGCUGGAUAAUUUCAUUUACCAAUAGUUUGAUUAGCUUUGUUAGAAAGGAAAUGAAGGAAUAUCACCUUUAUGCAGUUGUUUCUCCUUUAACGAAAUUCUUCGACACACUUACAAACUGCUAUAUUCGUCUUAAUAGAAAAAGAAUGAAGAGUGGAGAUGAAAACAGUCGAUCAGAAGCUUUAACGACCCUAGGACGUGUACUUCUGAUAACUGUACGAAUGAUGGCACCAUUCACACCAUUUUUUUGCGAAUUUCUUUGGCAGAACUUGCGAAAAAUCGUUUCUUCACCUAGCGAUUCAGUUCAUUUUGAAAUGAUCCCUCAUUCAAAGCAUGAACUAAUCGAUGAAACAAUUGAACGAAGAGUUUCAGCUAUGCGUUCUGUAGUUGAUCUUGUACGUGUUCUUCGAGAACGUAAUUCUGUUCCUGUUAAGUAUCCCCUCAAGGAAAUGAUCGUGAUUAAUAGAAAAAAUCAAUUUCUGGAAGAUGUCGAGUCAUUAGAAGAAUAUAUUUUAUCUGAGGUUAAUAUCCGGAAGUUAACGAUAUCUCAAGACAAAUCUAAAUAUGGUGUGCAUUUAAAAGCAGAACCAAAUUUCAAGCAACUUGGUGCGCGUUUGAAAAGUAAACAAAAGAAAGUAGUUGAAUAUCUUAAGAAUGAUGUCACUGAUGAGGAAUUAACCCAUUUUCUCGAAAAUGGUUCCAUGAAUGUUUUGGGCCACGAAUUGGGUUCAGAUGAUCUUUCCGUCUCUUUCGCAUGUUCACUGUCAUCUUCUGCAGGAGAAUAUUUUGAAACAAAUUCCGAUGGUCAAACAAUUGUUAUGCUGGAUAUGUCAGAAGAUGAUUCGUUGAGAGAUGAUGGUUUAGCACGUGAAAUUAUCAGUAGAAUUCAGAAAUUGCGAAAGACAGCAAAACUUGUUUCAAGUGACUCUGCUACGGCUUAUUGUUUAAUAACUCCACCAGAACAUCGUCUUAAUACAGUUUUGGAAUCAUAUUGUGCUUAUAUUUCUAAUGCAACUGGAACCGAUUUGAAGAUUGGUGCUCCUGAACAUAAAUGCGAAUUUAAUUCUUCGAGUUCCAUUAAAGGCGCUCAACUUGAAUUAUGUUUAUCUGUCAAUACGCAUGUGUUAUCUGCUAUCUUCCAUUAUUCAAACGAAACUCGCCGUAUUGGGUUGAAAUUGCCUUCAGGAACAAUUACUUAUUCGAGGCUUCUCUAUGAACUACGUGCUGUGUUUUCGCUUUGGUCCAAAUCAGGAAUUUCUUUAUCAUUUAAUCCACCACCUACUAUUUCUUUGGUCCCAUCUGGCAUUGAUAUAGAAUCGCUUAACAAUAAAAUUUUGUACGUCAUUGCUUAA